AAUCCGGUGAAAACUGAAACUAAGAUUUGCAAGGUCCCCACCCCACCUCCAAGGUCGCAAAAGCAGUCUGGUGAGAAGGGACUCCGAUUGGCCAGGAGUGCUAUGGGGAGCCGCUGAGGUGCAGAUUUCCAGAAUCCUCCUACAAAUUGAGACAUAUAGAGAGGUUGGUCUUUAAGAUAAACCAACUGAAUUUCAAUUCCACCCAGAAAGUGCCUUCGCUUCCUGCUUGACCCCCGCCCGCCCGGACGCAAGUGCCGCGCCGCUCUAAGAACGUCAUGUUGUUGCUGGGGAAAGACAAAACUGGCAGAAAGUUCCAGACUAUCUGAUCGUGUGCAUGGCUGAGACAGGAGGUGGCAGUCUAAAAGCCCCGACUUGGUGGUACAGAUGAAGUCUCAGGUUACAGUGUGAAGCAGCCAGAAAAGCCGCAGCCCGCCCGAGGAGCCCAGGCAGAAGGGGAAAGCGCCGCGGGUUGCCUGUCGGUGGGGACUGUCCCGGAAACGUGAGAAGGAUGAGCACGCUCGGCGGUGGUCCUAAGGACGAUGGUGAGGAGAAGGAUGAGGAAGUGGGUGAGCACGCUGAUACCGAGCAAAAGCCUAAAGGCAAAAAAGAAUCGGAGCAGCACGCGAAAAGGGAACCGGACGAAAGGGCCGUCCGCAUCCCCAUCCCGGAAGUGCUCCAGCAGCGGCUGGCGGACGACUGUUACUACAUCAACCGCAGGCGGCGGUUGGUGAGGCUGCCGUGCCAGACCAACGUGGGGGCCAUCCUGGAGUGCUACGUGCGCCACUUCUGGGCGAGCGCGCUGGUCUCGGGGGAUCGCCGGCCGCAGCCCCAGCGAGCGGCGCCCGAGAGGAGCGUGGGCCUCUGCAGGGAGAUGGCGGACGGGCUGCGCAUCACCUUCGACCACGCGCUCCCCUUGGUGCUGCUCUACCCGCAGGAACAGGCACAGUAUGAAAUGGUGACCUCCUCCACCUUUUUCUUUCCGACGGAGGAAAAAGCCACCGAUACGGGCAGGAGCCAGGAGGCGCCCUGGCCGGGCCCAUCCACCCCGCCGCCCUCCGAGAGCCAGCCCGUGGCGGGGCCCGCCGCCCCCAAGAGGCGCAAAGCGGAGGCGGAAACCCCGCGGGCUCCCAGGCGGUCCAUGCGACACACCGCCCACGGCCACUGGCAGCCUGAGGACCGGGCCUCGCCUCAGGCCAAGCGCAGUGUGCCCAAGCUGUUCCCGCACUUGCAAAAGACACCUGUGCACGGCACCUCCCCCUCCCCCAUUUCUCUGACCCCAGGGAAGGAAGGGAGUGCUAUGUUUGCAGGUUUUGAAGGGUCCACUGAGGAAAUGAAUGAGGUCCUCUCCUGGAAGCUUGUGCCUGACAAUUACCCGCCGGGACACCAGCCACCUCCCCCCUCAUACAUUUAUGGCGCACAACAUUUACUGCGAUUGUUUGUAAAACUUCCUGAGAUUCUUGGGAAGAUGUCCUUUUCUGAGAAGAACCUGAAAGCGUUACUGAAGCACUUGGAUCUCUUUCUGAGGUUUUUGGCAGAAUACCAGGCUGACUUCUUCCUGGAGUCGGCUUAUGUGUCAGCCUGUGAGGCCCACUAUAGCAGCAAGAACCCCAGGACAAUCUGUUAAGUUUUGAUAGCUCUGUAAGCACAGCUGCCCCACCUGGCUAGGUGUUUUCCUUUCUAGGUGGGCCCAUCCUGGGGGAGGAGGGGCUCAAGAGAGAGGGUUAGGCUUGGGUAUUUGAGUUGUUCACAUACUGUUGUAGAGGUUUUUUUGUUAAGAAUUACUUCCUGAGCUAUGUGGUUGUCAUGCCUGUAGAGACAUAAAGUUGCCUAAUUAGUUAAUUUAAAACAAUACAUGCUAUUGCACAGGCUAUUGUGUUCAGAGGGGACAUUCAUGAAAGUACAUACUUUAGGCUGUUCUGAUAGAUAUCACAGUAGGUUGUUGACAAGAACCACAUUGUUUAGAUAUUAGCCCUAAAAUGUGUUUGAAGACUCUUCUAAUGUGAUGAGACUAGAGAACUCUGUUCAGCACAUGUGAGUUCAUAUUUGGACAUACGAUCAUCUCAAAAUAGUUUGGGGAAAAAUCAACACUGACAGCAAAGGAGAACUUGCAACAACAGAAUUUGUAACUGUUCCCUUUCUGUGAAACAUUAUUCUUGGUGAUCUAAAUAAAGCAAUUUUUGUCUUGUUUGAAAAAAAA